AUGGCGGUGGCAAGGAAAAUCAAAACUUUGUUGACUGUCAACAUCCUGGUCUUCGUGGGGAUCAUCCUCUUCUCGGUCUACUGCCGGAUCCAGGACCGGUCCCAGGAGCUGGUGCAGAUUGUCCGGAGCGCCGACCGGCGGAUGAGGAGCCGCAACGCCAAGGUGGGCACCCUCCUGGACAGAGACUCCAUCCUGCAGCGGCUGGACCACCUGGAGGAAGUGGUCUACAACCAGCUCAAUGGUCUAGCCAAACCAAUGGGAUUAGUUGAAGGCCCUGGAGGACUGGGACAAGGAGGAAUGGCUGCUACCCUGAGAGACGACAGCCAUGAAUCUGAAACCAAGUAUGAAGAGUAUGGUUACAACGCCCAACUGAGUGACAGGAUUUCCCUGGACAGGUCCAUUCCGGACUACCGGCCGAAAAAGUGCAAGCAGAUGUCCUACCCCGAGGACCUCCCCCAGAUCUCGGUGGUCUUUAUUUUUGUCAAUGAGGCCCUGUCUGUCAUCUUGCGCUCGGUGCACAGUGUUGUGAAUCACACACCAUCCCACUUGCUGAAGGAGAUUAUUCUGGUGGACGACAACAGUGACAACGUGGAAUUGAAGUUUAACUUGGACCAGUAUGUGCACAAGAGAUAUCCAGGGCUGGUGAAAAUAGUGCGCAACAACAAACGAGAGGGCCUGAUUCGAGCUAGAAUCCAGGGCUGGAAAGCAGCAACGUCCCCGGUGGUUGGUUUCUUCGAUGCUCAUGUUGAGUUCAACAUUGGCUGGGUAGAGCCAGCUCUUACACGAAUCAAAGAGGACAGGAAACGGAUCAUCCUCCCAGCGAUUGACAACAUCAAGUACAACACUUUUGAAGUGCAGCAGUACGCUAAUGCGGCUCACGGUUACAACUGGGGACUCUGGUGCAUGUACAUAAUCCCACCGCAGGACUGGCUGGACAAGGGGGAUGAAUCCGCACCCAUCAGGACACCAGCCAUGAUUGGCUGCUCGUUUGUGGUGGACAGAGAAUACUUCGGUGAGAUUGGGCUGCUUGAUCCCGGCAUGGAGGUUUACGGAGGAGAAAACAUCGAACUCGGCAUGAGG